AACCACUUUUAUCACCACGUGCAUGAGCAUGUUCAUUGGUAGUCCACGUGUAAAGCCACCGACCAUCGAUAUAUUUUCGUAUCAAACGCUUCAAAUUCAAAACUGGAUAAGGUUGCGAUAACUGUAAUUCAAACUUGAAUUCAAAUUUGAGCACCAAAAACGAACGUGUACGUACUACAUAAAUACUUCUAUGGUGAUUACCAACGGUUACUUUGCUCACUCCAAAAUUGUACCACUGAAGCAUAUUCACUGAGUUAACAAAUACCAAAGAAGCAGGAAGCUCAUCAUUUUGACUUUCAGAAACAAACCCAAGUUGUUAAAUCAUUUCUUUUCCUCGCGAUUUGGUUUAAAUUUGCAAAAAUUGGAGUUCGUUUCGGAAUUUUUGUUCAAAACUGAGAGUAAUGGAGAUGGAUUUUCAUGGCAUGAAGAGGAAGAGACUGCAGGCUCUGUGCAAGAAACAUGGCAUUCCUGCAAAUUUGAAGAACAGCGAAAUGGCAGACAGACUCUUCUUGCUUUUCAAGGAAAAAGAAAUAGAAGAUCCUGUAGGUUCUGGUAAUGCUAGAACUGAGAAAGACACCACCCUUCAUUGUGUUAGUAGCAAAAAUGUGGAAAUGAUUGAUUUGGUGACUCCUAGCCCUGGUUCAAAGGAAAGGAGUGUUUUUUCUGCCAAGAAUUUGAAAGGUUCAGAGAUUGAAAGGUUGGAAUUUGAAACAAAUUUGUCUCUGGAAAUAACAAGGGAAGAGUUUGGAAUUUGUGGGGCUGGAGAAGACAUGCAAAGUAGACUCGAGGAAGAGCAUCAUAACAGUCAGGGAGGUUUACAUUUAGCACCUGUAGCAGUUGCUUUGGUGGAAUUCAACGACCAGUUGUCGGAGGGAGAAGUUGAGAAGUUGGGUGAGAACAAUAAUCUUAUUGGAGAUAUUUGUGAAUAUGAAAAGGGAAAAGCUGAAGCUGCCGAACAAGGUGUUCAUAAUAGCCUUAAAGGAUCAAACAUGAAAGAUGUGAAUGCUUUACAUUCUUCUAAAGAGGAAUCUGCUCCCCCUAUGGUGGAAGAAGAUGAAGCUACAGAACAAGGAGACUGCAUUAGCCCUCAAAGAUCAAGCAUGAAAGAUAUGAAGGAAUCUGGUUACCUUGUGGUGGAAAAGGAUGAAGCUGUAGAACAAGGCGAUCACAGUAGCCCUCAAGGAUCAAGCAUGAAAGAUGUGAAGAUUUAUCAUGUUUCUCAAGAGGAAUCUGGUUACCCUGUGGUGGAAAAGGAUGAAGCUGUAGAACAAGGCGAUCACAGUAGCCCUCAAGGAUCAAGCAUGAAGGAUGUGAAGAUUUCACAUGUUUCUCAAGAGGAAUUUGGUUACCCUGUGGUGGAAAAGGAUGAAGCUGUUGAACAAGGCGACCAGAGUAGCCCACCAGGAUCAAACAUGAAAGAUGUGAAUGCUUUAUAUGCUUCUAUAGAAGAAUCUGGCUUCCCUAUGGUGGAAGAAGAUGAAGCUAUACAUCAAGAAGGCGACUGCAUUAGCUCUCAAGGAUCAAGCAUGAAAGAUGGGAAGGUUUUACACCAAGAGGAAUCUGGUUACCCUGUGAUGGAAAAGGAUGAAGAUGUAGAACAAGGAGACCACAAUAGCCCUCCAGGCUCGAACCCGAAAGAUGUAAAUGUUUUACAUGCUUCUGAAGAGGAAUAUGGUUUCCCUAUGGUGGAAGAAGAUGAUGCUUUAAAACAAGGUGACCAGAAUAGCUCUCAAGGACCUAGCAUGAAAGAUGUGAAUAUUUUACUAGUUUCUCAGAAGGAAUCUGAUUGUCCUAUUGCGGAAGAUGUAGCUGUAGAGCAAGGUGACAACAAUAGUCCUCAAGGACCAAACAUCAAAGAUGUGAAUAUUUUUUAUCAGGAAGAAUCUCUUUAUCCUGUGGUGGAAGAUGUAGCUAUAGAACAAGGUGACCACAAUAGCCCUCAAGGACCAAACAUCAAAGAUGUGAAUAUUUUAGAUGUUUACCAGGAAGAAUCUGUUUACCCUGUGAUGGAAGAAGAUGUAGCUGUAGAACAAGGCAACCACAAUAGCCCUCAAGGACCAAACAUAAAAGAUGUGAAUAUUUUACAUGUUUAUCAGGAAGAAUAUGUUUACCCUGAAGUGGAAGAAGAUGUAGCUGUAGAACAAGGUGACCAAAAUAUCCCUCAAGGACCAAACAUGAAAGAAGUGAAUGUUUUACAUGUUUGUCUAGAGGAAUCUGGUUACCCUAUGGUGGAAGAAGAGGAAGUUGUAGAACAAGGCGACCACAAUAGCCCUCAAGGAUCAAACCUAAAAGAUGUUAGUGUUAUGCAUGUUUCCCAAGAGGACUUUGGUUACCCUACGGUAGAAGAAGUGCAGAAAUCUGAAGGCAAUAACUACGAUCUCACAAACACUGGAUCAGAAGUUGAUGGCAAGGAUACUGAUGGAAAGACCAAUUUAACUGCAGAACAUUCAGUUGGUACAAAAGAUCAAUUUCAGAGAACUUAUCCAGAAAAUGAAGUCAAGUCUAGUGACGUUAAUAUUCACCAAGAAACGUGUGAAGAGGAGUUGACAUCACCACAAAAUACAGGUUCCAUUGCAAAUCUAGGGGAAUGCUCUAGAUUUUCUCCCUGUAACCUAGAAGCCUCCUUAGUUGAGAGCUUUCAGUCUGAAACAUAUUCUGAACAGAGUCCACUUGGAGAUAUAGGAACUUGUAACAUGAAAGAAAGCAUGCAAAGUUCCAACAUGGAGAAAGUUGAAUACACUCAGGAAGCUUUGCACACAACAGCCAAUGUGAAUCUUUUAGGCAAAGCUAUAGAGGAAGGUAAUAUGCACAUAACUGAAGGAAAAGUUAUUGGGUUGUUUUACAACUCUGAUGUUCAUGAUGAUGCUAUUCUAAAUGGAAGAUCUGAAGUUGAUACCAGGUGCCUUGACAUUUCUAUACGUACCAUCACUAAUGAUGAUGGGAAGACCAAUGUGACCAUUGAACAAUUUACGGAUGAGCUCCAAUCUUCGACUUUUGAAGAUUCGGAUGGGACACCAGUUCAGUUCCUACCAAAUGAUGCAUUAAGUGAAGUGAAGACAGAUUUUAAUGUUCAUGAAAUGGUUGUUUCAGGCAUUGUGUUUGAAAAUGUUGAUAUGUCUGAAGGAAAGUUUGUAUCUUCAAGAAAAAUAAGUUUAAGCCCAGCUUCAGAUACAAUGACUGGUUUUUCUCCCAAGCAGCUAAAUAAUUCAGAGACUAAAGUGUUGCAGUCCGAAACAGCAAGAGUUGAUGUUGGAAUUGGUGAUGUGGAGGAGAACAUGCAGAUGGAUCUCAACAAGGAGCUAGUUGAUGAAAUUGGAGAGUAUUUAUUGGAGGGAGAAAUUGACAAGUCAGGUCUGAUUGGUGAUUCUGAGGAAGUUGAUAAUGGAAUUUGUGAUAUGGAAGAGAACAUUCAAAUUAUUGUCAAUGAAAUGCAAGUUGAAGAAAGUGAACAAGUUAUACGUGCAACACCUAGUGCAAUGGUCUUGAACAAUGUGGAAGUUGGAGAACAGUUGUUGGAGGGAGAAGUUGAGAAAUCAGGUCUGAAUGCUGAUUCAGAGGAAGGCAUUGGAUUUUUGCCCAAUAACCUUGUGCCUUCAGCAACAAAAGGCUUUGAGGAUGAAACAUAUUUUGAUCGAAGUGCACUUGGAGAUGUUGUGGACACUUUCAAAAUGGAAGAAAGCAUGCCAAGUGAUCAGAUGGAGAAAGAAUUCAGUGAGGAGGUUCUGCAUAUGACAAAUGAUUCGGUGCAGGAAGAAGUUACUAGGUUGAUUAAUAACUCUGAUGAUCAUGAAUAUGUUGGUGUGACUGGUCCAGAAGAUGGCAAAAAUCAGCUUAAUAUGAAGAGGGACUUGGAAAGCAUUGAAAAGUAUUUGCUCAAUGAUUUCCACACUUUUGAAGAUGCAAGUGAUCAAAAUUCAGAUGAGAAUGCUCCAACUAUGCCUCACGAUGGUGAAAUGAAGUUAUGCACUUUUAACCAUCAGCAAAUGUCUGCAUCAGGCACUUUCUCUGGAGAUGAAAUGGGAACACCACCAAAGUGUAAUAUCCCUAAGCUCCGUGAAUCAUUUAUGAAGAAAGAGUUGAAGAUUAUAUCGAGUUUGCCUGUGAAACGUGCAAGGGAUAUUCUUGGAGCUAGUGACAUGAAAGAGAACACUAAAAUUUCCAAGAAGGAGCAAGUUGGCACGAUCAUAUCAAGGAGUGCAUUUCCUAAUAAGAGGAAACCUUUACAAUAUCUUCAACAGAAUUGAACUUCAUAUCCCUUGCAAUAUUGAUUUCUUUAGCAGUUUAGUGAUAGUGUUUCAAUAAUUUGAUGGUUACAUAUUUUUCUCGAUGACCAACAUGUUUUAAAGUAUAUAUGAUGCGAAAAGACAAUGCUACUUUAUGGUAAUUGUUGUGUCAAGUGUGUGUUUUCAUGCUUGAAUUGAAUAGCUUUGUUUUUUUUA